UAGGGUGGGAGGUGUGUGCGCGCGUGUGCCGCGCGGUGGGGAGCGGCGGGUCGCGCCGCCGGCUGUCAGCUAGCUCUGCGCCGCCACCCGAUGGCUCGAGGAGGCGCGCGGAACCUGCCCCGUGGGGCCGGCCGCGGGUGAGCUCCUCUGCUUGUCGCCCGUGAGCAUGUCACCUCCAGCCUCCGCGGCAGCUUUCGCCAGCAGUGUCCGCGCCCCUGCCUGCUGCAGCCGCAGCCGCUGCCUCGGGCACUGGCCCCCGGACCCCCGCCCCUGAUCCACGCCCAGACCCUAUUGCCAGAGGACCAUGGCUGGCCAGGGGGACUGCUGCGUCAAGGUGGCCGUCAGGAUUCGGCCCCAGUUGUCAAAGGAGAAGAUUGAGGGCUGUCAUAUCUGUACUUCUGUCACCCCGGGGGAGCCCCAAGUUCUGCUGGGGAAGGACAAGGCCUUCACAUAUGACUUUGUUUUCGACUUGGACACCUGGCAAGAACAGAUCUAUUCUACCUGUGUGAGCAAGCUCAUCGAGGGCUGCUUCGAAGGCUACAAUGCUACAGUGUUGGCCUAUGGGCAGACGGGGGCUGGGAAGACGUACACCAUGGGCACUGGCUUCGACACAGCGGCAUCUGAGGAGGAGCAGGGCAUCAUCCCCAGAGCCAUCACGCACCUCUUCCGGGGCAUCGCCGAGCGCAAGCGGCGAGCACAGGAGCAGGGCGUGACUGGGCCUGAGUUCAAAGUCAGCGCUCAGUUCCUGGAGCUCUACAAUGAGGAGAUCCUUGACCUGUUUGAUAGCACUCGUGACCCCGACUCCCGCCACCGCAGGUCUAACAUCAAGAUCCAUGAGGACGCUAACGGUGGCAUUUAUACCACAGGAGUCACUUCUCGCCUCAUCAACUCCCAGGAGGAGCUGAUUCAGUGCCUAAAGCAGGGCGCCCUGUCACGUACCACAGCCAGCACCCAGAUGAAUGUACAGAGCUCCCGCUCCCACGCCAUCUUCACUAUCCACUUGUGCCAGAUGCGUGUGUGCACCCAGCCCGACUUGGUAAAUGAGGCGGUGACUGGGCUUCCUGAGGGUACAGCUCCCACCAACGAGUAUGAGACACUCACUGCUAAGUUUCACUUUGUGGACCUGGCCGGCUCAGAGCGACUGAAGCGGACAGGGGCCACCGGCGAGCGGGCCAAGGAGGGGAUCUCCAUCAACUGUGGCCUGCUGGCCUUGGGCAAUGUGAUCAGCGCCUUGGGGGACCAGAGCAAGAAGGUGGUGCACGUGCCCUAUCGGGACUCCAAGCUCACCCGGCUCCUCCAGGACUCUCUUGGGGGCAACAGCCAGACCAUCAUGAUCGCCUGCGUGAGCCCCUCGGAUCGGGACUUCAUGGAGACACUCAACACUCUCAAAUAUGCCAAUCGGGCUCGCAACAUCAAGAACAAGGUGGUGGUGAACCAGGACAAGACCAGCCAGCAGAUCAGCGCGCUGAGGGCAGAGAUUGCACGCCUGCAGAUGGAACUGAUGGAAUACAAGGCGGGCAAGCGAGUGAUUGGGGAGGAUGGUGCUGAGAGCUAUAGCGACCUCUUCCGGGAGAACGCCAUGCUGCAGAAGGAGAACGGGGCGCUGCGGCUGCGGGUGAAGGCCAUGCAGGAGGCCAUUGACGCCAUCAACAAUCGUGUCACCCAUCUCAUGAGCCAGGAGGCCAACCUGCUUCUGGCCAAGGCUGGCGAUGGCAAUGAGGCCAUUGGUGCCCUGAUCCAGAACUACAUCCGGGAGAUCGAGGAGCUGCGAACAAAGCUCCUGGAGAGUGAGGCCAUGAAUGAGUCUCUCCGUCGCAGCCUCUCAAGGGCCUCAGCUCGCAGCCCCUACUCUCUGGGCUCAUCUCCGGCUGGUCCAGCCUUUGGGGGCAGCCCAGCCAGCUCCAUGGAGGAUGCUUCUGAGGUGAUUCGCAGGGCCAAGCAGGACCUGGAGCGGCUAAAGAAGAGGGAGGUCAGGCAGAGGAGGAAGAGCAGCCCAGAGAAGGAAGCCUUCAAAAAGAGGGCAAAACUCCAACAGGAGAACAGUGAGGAGACUGACGAGAAUGAGGCUGAGGAGGAGGAAGAAGAGCGAGACGAGAGUGGCUGUGAGGAGGAGGAAGGGCGUGAGGAUGAGGACGAGGACUCCGGCAGCGAGGAGAGCCUAGUGGACUCAGACUCAGACCCUGAAGAGAAGGAGGUGAACUUCCAGGCGGACCUGGCCGACCUGACGUGUGAGAUCGAGAUCAAGCAGAAGCUGAUUGACGAGCUGGAGAACAGCCAGCGGCGGCUGCAGACCCUGAAGCACCAGUAUGAGGAGAAGCUGAUCCUGCUGCAGAACAAGAUCCGAGACACGCAGCUGGAGCGUGACCGUGUGCUGCAGAACCUCAGCACCAUGGAGUGCUACACAGAGGAGAAGGCCAAUAAGAUCAAGGCGGAUUACGAGAAGAGGCUGCGGGAGAUGAACCGGGACCUGCAGAAGCUGCAGGCGGCACAGAAGGAGCAUGCUCGGCUGCUUAAGAACCAGUCACGCUAUGAGAGGGAGUUGAAGAAGCUGCAGGCCGAGGUGGCCGAGAUGAAGAAGGCCAAGGUAGCCCUGAUGAAGCAGAUGCGGGAGGAACAGCAGCGGCGGCGGCUGGUGGAGACCAAGAGGAACCGAGAGAUUGCUCAACUCAAGAAGGAGCAGCGGCGACAGGAGUUUCAGAUCCGGGCCCUGGAGUCCCAGAAGCGGCAGCAGGAAAUAGUACUGAGGAGGAAAACCCAGGAGGUUUCUGCACUGAGGCGCCUGGCCAAGCCCAUGUCGGAGCGGGUGGCAGGACGGGUAGGACCAAAGCCACCCACGCUAGAUUCAGGGGCUGAGGUGUCAGCUAGCACCACCUCAUCUGAGGCCGAAUCAGGGGCCCGCUCUGUCUCCAGCAUUGUGCGCCAGUGGAACCGCAAAAUCAACCACUUCUUGGGGGACCACCCUGCGUCCACUGUCAAUGGCAGCCGCCCCACGAGAAAGAAGUUCCAGAAGAAGGGAGCCAGCCAGAGUUUUAGCAAGGCUGCCAGGCUCAAGUGGCAGUCCCUGGAGCGGCGGAUCAUCGACAUCGUCAUGCAGAGGAUGACCAUCGUCAACCUAGAGGCCGACAUGGAGCGACUCAUCAAGAAAAGGGAGGAGCUGUUCCUCAUGCAGGAGGCACUGCGGAGAAAGCGUGAGCGGCUGCAGGCUGAGAGUCCAGAAGAAGAGAAGGGGCUGCAGGAGCUGGCCGAGGAGAUCGAGGUGCUGGCAGCCAACAUUGAUUAUAUCAACGACAGCAUUACUGACUGCCAGGCCACCAUUGUGCAGCUGGAGGAGACCAAGGAGGAGCUGGACUCCACGGACACAUCAGUGGUCAUCAGCUCCUGCUCCUUGGCUGAAGCCCGCCUCCUGCUGGACAAUUUCCUCAAGGCGUCUAUUGACAAGGGACUGCAGGUGGCACAGAAGGAGGCCCAGAUCCGGCUGCUAGAGGGACGGCUGAGGCAGACAGACAUGGCAAGCUCCUCCCAGAAUCACCUGCUCCUGGAUGCCCUGCGUGAGAAGGCCGAGGCACACCCUGAGCUGCAAGCCCUAAUCUACAAUGUCCAACAGGAGAAUGGCUAUGCUAGCACAGAUGAGGAGGUGUCAGAGUUCUCUGAGGGGAGCUUCUCCCAGUCAUUCACCAUGAAAGGCUCUACCAGCCAUGAUGACUUCAAGUUUAAGGGUGAACCCAAGCUGUCUGCCCAAAUGAAGGCUGUGUCAGCCGAGUGUCUGGGGCCCCCACUGGACAUCUCCACUAAGAACAUCACCAAGUCCCUGGCCUCCCUGGUUGAGAUUAAAGAGGAUGGAGUGAGCUUCUCCAUCCGGGAUCCCUACUACCGGGACAAGGUCUCACGAACCGUCAGCCUGCCCACCCGGGGCAGCACUUUCCCCCGGCAGUCUCGAGGAGGCACAGAGACAUCCCCUCUGACCCGGAGGAAGUCAUAUGACCGAGGGCAGCCCAUCAGGUCCACAGACGUGGGAUUCACUCCUCCAUCAUCCCCUCCCACUCGCCCCCGCAACGACCGCAAUGUCUUCUCUCGUCUCACUAGCAAUCAGAGCCAGGGGUCAGCACUCGACAAGUCUGAUGACAGCGACUCCUCUUUGUCGGAGGUCCUGAGGGGCACCAUCACCCCCGUUGGAGGAGCUAAGGGUGCACGGACAGCUCCACUGCAGUGUGUCUCUGUGGCCGAGGGCCACACCAAGCCCAUCCUCUGCCUGGAUGCCACAGACGAGUUGCUUUUCACAGGGUCCAAAGAUCGAAGCUGUAAAAUGUGGAAUUUGGUUACGGGGCAGGAGAUUGCAGCUCUGAAGGGCCACCCCAACAACGUGGUCUCCAUCAAGUACUGCAGCCACUCGGGGCUUGUGUUCUCCGUGUCCACCUCUUACAUCAAGGUUUGGGACAUCCGGGACUCAGCUAAGUGCAUUCGGACCCUCACGUCCUCAGGCCAGGUGAUCUCGGGUGAUGCCUGUGCUGCCACAUCCACACGCGCAAUCACCAGUGCCCAGGGAGAGCACCAGAUCAACCAGAUGGCCCUCAGCCCCUCGGGCACCAUGUUGUAUGUUGCCUCAGGCAAUGCCGUCCGCAUCUGGGAACUCAGCAGGUUCCAGCCAAUCGGCAAGCUGACUGGACACAUUGGCCCCGUGAUGUGCCUAACUGUUACUCAGACUGCCAGCCAGCAUGACCUGGUGGUGACUGGCUCCAAGGACCACUACGUUAAGGUGUUCCAGCUGGGUGAGUGUGUGAUGGGCACCAUUGGCCCAACCCACAACUUUGAGCCCCCACACUAUGAUGGCAUCGAGUGCCUGGCUAUCCAGGGAGACAUCCUGUUCAGUGGCUCCCGGGACAAUGGUAUCAAGAAGUGGGACCUCGAGCAACAGGAGCUCAUCCAGCAAAUCCCUAAUGCACACAAGGACUGGGUGUGUGCCCUGGCCUUUGUCCCGGGCCGCCCCAUGCUACUGAGCGCCUGCCGGGCAGGCGUCAUCAAAGUCUGGAAUGUGGACAACUUCACCCCCAUCGGUGAGAUCAAGGGCCACGACAGCCCCAUCAAUGCCAUCUGUGCCAACAGCAAGCACAUCUUCACAGCCUCCAGUGACUGCCGGGUAAAGUUGUGGAAUUACGUCCCUGGACUCACUCCCUGCCUUCCACGCCGAGUCCUGGCCAUAAAGGGCCGCGCCACCACCCUGCCCUGACUCUCCCCAUCUCUCUGUUUCCUCUCUCGUUCUUCCCCUCUUUCCUUUUCCCUGUCUUUCCCCACUUCGAUCUGAGCUGCUUCUUCACGGUAUGAGAUUAUUUUACUCUUUCUUCCUACUGUCCCUUCCUGUCCUGCCUGGCCCAGAGAGACUGCCCCGCCCAACCCUCUUCCACCCGCCCCUCUUUUGAGCAUGAGCAGUGGGACAGAGCCCAGGAGAGGGGUGCCAGGUAGCAGAGGGCAUGGUUGGGGCGGGGGACAUUCAGGCCUGGAUAAACCCAACAGCAAACAGGAAAGGCCAGAGGAUCCUGUGGGGCCUCGGAGGCCAGAGGCCCGCCCUUUGCUCAGUGCCUGCCACCCUAUGUCUGCCCUCCUGCUAUGCAGUGCCUGCCUCAGCCCAGCCCCAUGUGGGGAGGUGGGGAAAUCAGCCCAUCCUUUACUUUUGGGUGCAGGCAGCUGGGCCCACGUGGUAGAGCUAAGCAGCCCUCUCUGUCCUUCCUCCAGUGACCUGACAGUGAAGUUCUGGAGCAUACGGCGACUACCAGUGGCCAACCCUAGGAGUUAGGUCAGAGGGAUGCUACCCCUCCACCUGGCAGCCUGCACAGCAUGGAAGGGAGAUAGGCCAGCUGCACUGGGGACAAGAGGGUGUGACCCCUCUCCUGCUUUGCUUCUGCUCCCUUGGCCUUCCCGCAGGAUAUCAUCCCCUUCUCCCCUACCCUGCCUCUUGGGAGCCUCUGGUGAGAGAGAGGUUGGGGAGGGAAUUAAGCUGUGAAGCCAAAGAGCAUUAUCCGCUCUUCUCUCUCCCCCAUUAGUACCUCAGCCACCCCUUCCAGGCCACGUUGUCUCCUUCUGAGCCCGCCUGGCCCCUUCCUCCAGGCUCUCAGCCCAGGGUGAGGCCUGGCAGGGAGGAGAAGCUAACCCCAGUCCCAUCCACUCUCCCAGCCCCACCUCUGGAGCCACUACACCUGCCUCUGAGCCCAACAAGGUAGUCCUCAGGUAACCAUGGAAACCAGCUGUAGGCAGCUGGGCCUUGCGGCCACCAACAAUUCCAUGUGGGCCUCCAAUUCCCAGUGGGCCCCAACGAUUCCAUGGGGUCACUUCUGAUGUGGUCAUGGUAGAGCUACUAGGAAGGUUCCUUUGGGGACACAGUCCGGAUACUUCAAUUAUUUAAUUUAUUGUUUUAUUUUUAUGUUUUACUGUUGCCUCCUGGAAGCUGACUUGAAGUUUCUUCCCAUGUGUUCUUUCCCUCGGCUUUUGGUGGGGUGGCGGUCUGCUCCCCAGUGCUCCAGUACCACUUCCUGCAGGGGUGGGAAAUGCCCCGUCCAAUCUUUGCAGCUCCAGCCUCGCCCCAGCUCUGUCCCUGGGGACCUUUCCGUGCAGCCCUGGCCUCUCCGCUGCCCGAUGCCUCAGUGCCUUCCUCCAUCCUGGGGCCUGGCACCAUGCUGGGCAGUCUUCUGCCAGCCAUGCCUGCAGCACACGUUGUCUUCUAUUCGCGGGUCUUGUGACCACCACCCCCAGAAGGUGGGGGAGCCCUGCCUGGUCCCGUAGGAAGCAGCUAGCUGGACGGUCUACUAGAAAGCCUCAGGUGGUGAGACUGCCCUGUACUUUGCCCCGCCCUCCCAGCCAUCCUUGUUUUCAUCCCCACCAAGACAGGGAGUCUUUUCAGCUUCGUUCUCUCUGGUUAUUCUGGAAACAGGUUUUCAAGCCUUAAAAUCAGCCUGGGGCACAACCCUCCCUUUUAGGUAGGUUAGCAUGGAAAAGCAGUCCACCAGCUGUGGACUCAGCUCCAGGGAUGGGACUGAAUCAGUGUUCUUGUGCCCCCUGUUCAAACAAGUCUGAAUUUACAGGAAUGGGCCUUUGGGGGAAGGCAGCUGUAUCCUUCAUCCCCAGCUACCCCCCAAACCUGUCCAUACUGUUUUUCCAUUGCUUUACGGGACUUGUGCUUCCAAGCCUCAGUCUGGGAGUUCAGAACCCCAGCUCUGUUUGGAGGACAUGGUGACUUGUGGACUGCAGAGCUGGUGCAGUGCUUCUGCCUUCUGCUCCUCAUCCUCUGUGACCAGGGCCUGUCCAUGUGGCCCCGGGUGUGGGAGGGUCAGGCCCUAGCUAAGGCUGGGUAAGGCCUGCCUUCUUUCUUCCUGUGCCCUCCCCGGAGCUGUCCCAUGGCCAAGGACAUUGUCCUGCUUAUUGGUGGCCCUUGCUGGAUGUGAUGUUAAGUCUGGGUGAGCCAAGAAGGAUGAUGCGGCUUGAAAGCUGGUCCCCUGGAACCUGGACAGUCUGCCUGCGAUGACUGGAAGUCCUUCUUCCUCUGCCCAUCCCGCGGGUGCUGGGAAACUCCCAGCACUCAGAAGUGAUUACAACUCUCACCCUCUUCGUCCAUCCCCCGCCACACCUGAAAGGAAAGCUUUGACCUUGCAACCUGUAAGAAAGAACCUGUCUGCAUGACUGUUUACAGACUUCAGAAACACAUGAGACUUGUUCCCUGGCCCCAGGGCCAGGGCUGCCCCAGCUUGGGGCAUCUGUACUGUAGCUACAAGGCCUGUUCUUGCACAAAGUGUGGGCUUAGGACCCCGGGAGAGGUGCUCAUUGUCAUUGCCCCUUUCUGCCGUUUCUAAUGGGUCACUACCUCACGGCAGGACUGGCUCUGCUGUCCUGGCCGGUGUCAUUGACUAAACUUGAAGUCCCUUGGGAGCCCUGCGGCCAUCCUCCCUGAGCCACUCUAAGCUGCACUCGAGCACUGGCGGCCCUGCCCGCUGUUCCAGGACAUCUGAGGUACAUAGUCAGGGGCAGGCCCCCAGCUCCACUCAUUGCACAAGCAUCCUGAGUGUUGGAAGCACAAACUGGUUGUGAUUUGAGCACAGUGGCAGGGCUCCUGGCAGGCAGUGUGGGCAGACCUGGGAUCAAGAGGCCCUUCCCUGGUGUACCAUGUCCCAAUUAGACUAGGGAUUCCUGUGUCUGGGGGUGGCUGCUGCCCUUGCUCAGACCAGGCCUUGGCCUGUGGCUUGUGCCUGUACUUCUGGGACUCACUGUAUUAACUUCUGUGUCAUCCUGAGACUUGAGGCCCAGGCCACAUCUGUAUGCUGUGAGCCGGAGGGUAGAACCCUUCCUAGGCCCCACACCCCAGGCCUUUAAAUGCUUGACCACGGGCUGGAUCCCAGUCACCCUGAGCCUGAAGAGCUUGGACCCAGGCUCCCUGUCUCCUGGACCAAGCCCCUGUCCAGGCUUCCAAAGCUGAUUGGCUUCUACCUGGACACAAGGCAUCUUCCAUCCUCGCUGGCCUCGGUCCUUUUCAGCACAGUCCUGGGUCAGAACCCCACCUCAGUAUUAACCAGUUCAGUGUUUGCUUCUGUUUGAGUGACUUGACUCCUCAUGACAACCAAGAUUCUUGAAGACUUGUCUUUGAAGACUGCCAAGAAAAGAGGCAAGGCAGAGAGGCUGAGACUGGCAGAGCGCUCCCUGGAAGUAGUCAGAGGGCACCAGCAGCUGUUUGGGAAGGGACAUUCAUGGAUCUGGGAGUGGUCUCCACCCACCCAUCCUUACCCAGCUGCAGCCUUGGAACCUCUCUGCCCUCAGCUGUCUGGCCCUUUGCCCACCCCAUUACUGUGGCUUGAGUAAAGGACAAUCUAAAGCACAAAACCACGUAGGGAAGACACUGAGUUGCUGGAACUUUCUCCUGCCACCCAUAUGGUGGAAACACAGGCAGGCAGCCACUGUGAAGUCAGGACAUGAUGUCUCUCUGCCCUACCCUCUCCCAGCUCUGGGGGGAGGGGUACUGGUGGAGUUUGGACUGGGUGCAGGCACUCCCCCUGGGUUGUUCAGACCCUGACUGUGCCCGAUAUGUUCACAUGGGCAGGGCCUGCCCUGCUGGAGUGGUGAAUUCCUUCCCACUGCCUGGCCCACACCUGUGGCAUCUGUCCCUUUGCCAUCUCAAACAGGAAACUGCUUGCUGCUUUCUUUGCUGGACACAGCCUCCUACUGGUCAGUGGCCAGUGCCCUCCAAAACCUGCCUGAGCCUGGCCCUCCCCUCUAGGUUCCCAUAUCUUCAUGGCCCUCUUAUGUGCAAGAACAGAAUCUGCAGGGAAAGUUCUAUUUCUUUGGUAUCUUUAUUCUGUCCCCUAAGUCCACCCCUCUCCAGCACUUGGAUGAUCCCACGACCCCCACCACACCUUAGUUCAGUCCUUCAAAUGUGGGUCCGAGAGCCUUGCCAGAAAGUGGGAAGUAGACACUGCUCGAUGGAGAGCCAAGGGUCAAAAAGGACCCCUGGUGUGAAUUGUGCUCUUUACUAGCUGUCACCCCCUGCCCAAGCUGCAGGGCGACAUUGAGCUCAUGUGCCCCUCUGUAGUGUGGUAGCACAAGGUGUACAUAUGUUUUGUAUCUCUGCUGAUGACUGUACAUAGUGUAGGAAAGUUAUUUAAGCCUCAUGCUGUACAUUUCUGUUCCUAGAUUGGAUGUGUGUUCUAGGAAAUUGUCAUAAAUAAAACCCAAAUUACCACUGUCUGUGGAGGUAUGACCCCCAACUGCUGACCUGUGGCUGGUGUCCCUUCUUUGGGAAGUUGGUGGGGGUGGUGGAUGGGUGGAACAUGGCCUCUGGGACUGGGCCCAGUCAGAGGACAAUUUCCUAGGGCCUUGCUGAGUAGGGAGCAGAGGUUGGAGACUAUCCCAUGCUCUAGACUCGGUGUUGCCUCCUGGGGCCAGGGCAGUAUGGUAGCUGGAAGCGUGGGCACCAGCAUUUACAGAGCACCUGCUAGGGCAUUAUUCAGGGCAUUUUUAUUGAAUCGUCUCUACCCAGUGUGACAGGUGAACUGAGGAAGGUCUUAGAAAGGAAGUGAUUGUCCAGAUUCACAGCUAGCAAGAGCAGAGGCAGGAUUUGACCAGCCACUAUCCCUGUUUAUUUUCACUAACGUACUGCAUGCCUUCCCUAGGGCCUGGAGCUCACCGUGUGUGAUGCACAAGGAACGUGUCUUGUUCCCUUACUACGUACAGAGAGAAGACAGAAAUAUAAA